AUGGCAGUAGCACCUUCUACUUGGUUGAUCACUGGUGCCUCAUCCGGCCUAGGGAAAUCGCUUGCUUUGGAAGCUCUCAAGGCAGGCUACAAAGUCAUUGGAACUACCCGCGAUAUCAGCAAGGCCGAGAUCGCCUGUCCGGAUUUCUCGGUCAAAGGCGGCAUCUGGCUGGGUGUAGAUCCCGCCCAAAAGGAUGCCUAUGAUAAAUUUGCCCAGUGCUCCCAAGAAUACAAUGUGGAUGUCCUCGUCAACAAUGCAGGCUAUGCUUUCAUCGGUGGUGUUGAAGAUACCAGUGAGACUGAAGUUCGCGAUCAAAUGGAAGUCAAUUUUUACGGGCCUCUUCGCGCCGUUCGGGCCUGUCUCCCGGUCAUGCGCGCAAGAGGUUCUGGUCACAUCAUUCUAAUCAGCAGUGGUGCUGGCUUCAUAGCCCGUCCGGGUCGAGCUACCUAUUCCGCCAGUAAAUUUGCCAUUGAAGCCGUACAUGAGUCCCUUUCCCAAGAGGUCAAGACUUUUGGUAUAGAAGUCCUCAUAGUAGAACCGGGUGCAUUUCGAACACCCUUCUCGAGCCGGAUCCUGACUCCCGCCCAAUUUGAGGAUGGUGUUAGUGAGGGCUACAAGGGCACCGCGGUGGAGCAGAUGGUCAAUGGAACUCGACAUAUCAUGUCCGUUCCGGACUUUGUCAAGGGAGACCCCGAUAAGGCGGCGCGGGCAAUCAUUAACGCUACCGUUGCGGGUUAUGACUAUCUCCGUAUGCCCCUGGGAAAGGACUGUGUAGUUGCAUUAGAGUCCAAAAUUGGAGAUCUACAGAGAGAUCUGGAGGGUACCAGGUCAAUCGCCGCGACUACUGAUAUUGAUUGA